GGGGAGCGCGGCGGCAGGAGCAGCGAGGCCACGGGCGGGCGAGCGAGUGGUCGGGCGGGGAGCGCCAGCCCCCCUCCCGGCGCCAUGGAGGCCAAGUCCUCGUCCAGCAGCGGCCGCCCCCCCGUGAAGGGCAUCCUCAAGAACCCCUCCGGAGGCAGCGGCAGCGGCAGCGGCGGCGGCGCGGGCCUGGUGGCGGCGGCCCUGGCAGAGGCGUCCACCGCCAGGGCCAAGCCGGCCGCCGCCAAGCACGCCGCCGCCGCCGCCGCGGAGGCCCCGCUCGGAGGCGCCUACGACGUCGACGCCCAAGGUAAGAAGUCCCAGAAGUGGGAUGAAAUGAACAUCCUAGCCACCUACCAUCCCGCGGGCAAAGACUACGGCUUAAUGAAGAUCGAUGAGCCAAGCACUCCCUACCACAGCAUGGCAGGAGAUGACGAAGAUGCAGGCAGCGAUACAGAAUGCAACGAAGCCGUCACUGCAGAUGUGUUGGCAAAAAAGUUAGCAGCUGCAGCGCAUGGCAAGGGGCCGAAGAUCCUCGCUCAGCAGGAAGAGAGCAGCGAGGAAGAGGAUGAGUCGGAGUUAACUCCUGAAGAACUUGAGAAGAAGAGGCAGUUUGAGAUGAAAAGGAAGAUCCACUACAAUGAAGGCAAGAACAUCAAGCUGGCCAGGCAGCUGAUUGCGAAGGAGCUGCAUGGUGACACAGCCAAUGAAGAAGAUGACGACGAUGAAUGUGAUGAUGAGGAUGAAGACGAUGAAUGUGAUGAAGAGAUGCGGGACACAGUAGACCUUGCACCUGAUCCUAGCGACCCACUUGAGAAAAUUGCACACAGCCUAGAAGAAGUCUGCUCAGGACUGUAGCUGAUCCUGAAGCCACACCUUUGUAUUUACUGCAUUGCACACCUGCAGUUGUGACUCAAGUAACUGAGGAGCAGGUCGGCUCCCACUUAGUGUUGCCAAGUGUGGUGGGAGCCGGCGAGACUUUUCUCUUAGGCAGACGGAAAACUCUGCUGAGCUGGCUGAUUCUUGUGCCUGGCAGCCACAGAGAAGACGGCUUCACGCAUAAACAGCAGGAUCACAUGACGUACAAUGCAGGUGACUUUGGCACAUCCGUGUUGCUCCUCUUUAUGGUUUUGAAACAAUCAGUCACUUUGCUUUCUCCUAUUCUAUUUGGCAGGACCUUCUAGGACUUAAAGUGGCCACAUGCCUGGUAGAAGGGCUUUGGCAUUGAUGUGCCAAACUUUACGACUAGAAUAGAUGAACCCUUACACUGAACCGCUUGACAAUUGACAAGGUAUUUUGAAAAGAAAAAAAAGGGAUUGAUUGAUU